GUGGGAGUCCAUGAAAGAGCUUUAAGUGUUUUUGUCAGGGAAGGAAGAAAGAAUUGUGGAGGAAGAACUGGAGAGAGGCAAGAACUGAAGCUGGGAAACUAGUUAGGAAGCAGUUCUCUGGUCCAAGAAGCUACGAGAGACCCUGGAAAUGCAAUAGUACAGAGUCCCUGCCCUUAUGGAUUUUUAAAUUCUAGUUAGGGAAGGCAGUUAACAAGUAAGCAAGUAACACCAGCUAGUACUAAGUGUUAGGCAUGAAAUUAGAAAGUGACAAUUUAAAGUGAAGGUGAAUGACAAGAAGGAGCCAAGCAUGUGAUAUUCUGGGGAGAAGAGUCCAGGCGGAAGGAACAAACAGCAAAUUCAAAGGGCCUAAGGAGGGAAAUGUGAGUAAUAGAUGAGAGAUGCGAUCUAGACCACUGUCGGGGGCAAGGGAGAUGGAGAUGGGCACUGCCGAAUCUUCAGCUUGAGAAUGGUGUUUUUUUUUUUGUUUGUUUUUUUUGCGGUACGCGGGCCUCUCACUGUUGUGGCCUCUCCCAUUGCAGAGCACAGGCUCCAGACGCGCAGGCUCAGCGGCCAUGGCUCACGGGCCCAGCCACUCCGCAGCAUGUGGGAUCCUCCCAGACGGGGGCACGAACUCGUGUCCCGUGCAUCGGCAGGCGGAGUCUCAACCACUGCGCCACCAGAGAAGCCCAAGAAUGGUGUUUAAAGCCACCUGACUGGGAUCUCCUCGAGAGAGAGAGAGAGUGUGGAUGGAGAGGACGUGGAAGACAGCCUAGAUUUUAUCAUGUGGGCAACCUGCUGCAACUGGUUCUGCCUGGAUGGACAGCCUGAGGAGGCCCCACCACCCCAGGGAGCCAGGACGCAGGCCUAUUCCAACCCUGGGUACAGCUCCUUCCCUUCCCCCACGGGCUCGGAACCAAACUGCAAGGCCUGCGGGGCCCACUUCGCAAGCAUGACCAGGAAGCAGACCUGCUUGGACUGUAAGAAGAAUUUCUGCGUGGCCUGUUCGAGCCAAGUGGGGAGCGGGCCCCGCCUCUGCCUUCUCUGCCAGCGUUUCCGAGCCACAGCCUUUCAGCGGGAGGAGCUCAUGAAGAUGAAGGUGAAGGACCUGAGGGACUAUCUCAGCCUCCAUGACAUCUCUACCGACAUGUGCCGGGAGAAAGAGGAGCUGGUGUUCUUGGUGCUUGGCCAGCAGCCUGUAAUCUCCCAGGAGGGCAGGACUCAUGCCCCCAGCCUGUCCCCGGACUCCCCCGAGCAGCAGGCCUUCCUGACCCAGCCUCACACCAGCACGAUACCUCCUACCUCACCCGGCCUCCCUUCUUCACCCCCAGCCCAGGCUCGGGACCGGCAGCAGGCCAAUGGCCAUGUGUCUCAGGACCAAGAGGAACCCGUCUACCUGGAGAGCACAGCCAGAGCACCUGCUGAGGAUGAGACGCAGUCUGUUGACUCAGAGGACAGCUUCGUCCCAGGCCGGAGGGCCUCUCUGUCUGACCUGACGGACCUGGAGGACAUUGAAGGUCUAACCGUGCGGCAGCUCAAAGAGAUCCUGGCUCGCAACUUCGUCAACUACAAGGGCUGCUGUGAGAAGUGGGAGCUGAUGGAGAGGGUGACGCGGCUGUACAAGGAUCAGAAGGGGCUACAGCACCUGGCGUGUGGUGCUGAAGACCAAAACGGGGGAGCAGUGCCAUCCAGCCUGGAGGAGAACCUGUGUCGGAUCUGCAUGGACUCGCCCAUCGACUGUGUUCUGCUGGAGUGCGGCCACAUGGUCACCUGUACCAAGUGUGGCAAGCGCAUGAACGAGUGUCCCAUCUGCCGGCAGUACGUGAUCCGAGCCGUGCACGUCUUCCGAUCCUGAGGGCUUGUACCAGCUUCUUCAGUGCCUUACAGGGACAUAGCUCGAGGUGUCUGGGCCCACAGUUGGCCAGCUUGCAGGGGGGCAGCCUAACAAGAAAAUCUGCAGUGUUCCCAAGACCAGGGCAAGCAAGAUGCUGUGUCACCUCUGGGCAUGCACAGAUCGCACAGGCAAGUCCCUGUUUCAGCGAUCUUGGGGUGAUGAUGGUAACUAAUGGAGAGAGGACUUUCUGGAAUUUGGACCGUAUCUUCCUCCCUUCCUCUGAGAACCUAAACAGUUUCACCCUUCCUCCUGUAGCCCACCCAUCCCCCUGAACUGCGUGUCUCUGUUCCACCCAUCGGAAGUCCUGGUAGAAAUGGCUCUCUUCUUCCCCAGCACAUCUGGAUUCAUUUCUGGUCCCUCUGGCUUUCUGUGCUUUAACCGACCUUUGCUAAAGUCUCUUGCUACAUUACCUAAAAUCCAUGUGUUUCUUCAGACCAAAAAGAUGUUAGCUUCCCAGACCAAUAGUGAUCCUCCUUAGGACAGAAUUUGGCCCAGUAAACUCAUUUCUGGCGAGAAAUGAAACACAAAUGCUAUGGAAAAAAUUUGAAGUCAUUAAGAGUUGCUUCCUUAAGUGCUGGGAUUGGAAGCUAUCAGUCUCUUGACCUGACCUUGGCAGUCAACAAAGCAUCUGGCUUUCAAACUGCUGGGAAAUUCCAGUCUCUGUGCGCGAGAUGGUGCGUGGAUCAUCUCUGCUGCUUCUCUUGGGGCCUGACUUUGUGCCAUCCUUAAUUUUAGUUUAUGAGAAAAGGGAAAGCAUUGGGUGGAAGCAAUGGCUUUCUGCUUGGCUUUGCCUUGUCCAGCAGCCAGCCUUAAACCACUUUCCCCUGAGCGUGAGAUCCCUCUUUCCCAUGGAGGUUUUAAACAUGGUCUCACUGAAGGAACAGAGAGAGAGCGCCUCACGCUUCUCUAGCUAGACUUCUCAUGAAGCUCCCAGAGACUGAGCAUGUAAGACAGAGCACCUAAGAGGUAUCAGAAGGUACUGAACGAGGCUGGAUUCAGCCCUUGAGCAGACAGCUGGAAGUCUUAGUUCCCCAGGUUGGUGGGGACUCCCUACUCCCAUUUCCUUUCUCAACCUGCUGAUUUAGGGGCAGGUCAGGAAGAAGCAUUCUCUAGGCCCUUUAGGAAGGGCCGUGCAACGAACAGGUGAUGUUCUCGAGCCCUCUUAGUGUCUUUUCACCACUGGAAGAGCUUAAGUUUGCCGGAGAAGCUUAACCAAGCACAAACGUACGUACCGUGUACUAUCAGAAGAGCGGUGUGUGCUGCCGUCACUACUGGGCGAGCUAUGCAAACCCUUGAACACCCGAAGGCCUUGGCAGUCCCCCCACCCCCACCCCAUGCAGCCAAGAUCUCUCAGACUGGAAGAACCAGUCAUGACUUUGAAAGCAGUGGGAAACCUCUAAGAGGACCUGUUUAUUGGUACAGACAUGUUUAAUGCUUUCUGUCAACCACUAAUCUCUUUUGGGGGAGUGAAAUAAUUUUAAAGUGGUUGUCAGCUGAACACUGGACCACUUACCUUGACAUUAUACUGGGUGAUUUGAUUCUGAGCUACAGCCUUUGUAGGAACUGGGGGAGUCAAGAAAUUUCCCUAUAAAGACAUCGUCUUUCAUCUUUCUGCUGGACAGUAAAUACUACAGUUUACAGUGCCUACCAGUUUAACAAAGGAUUCAGCUACUCCUCAAUUCCACUGUGAAACAGGUCUACAUGUAUGCAGCUCAGUUACAACCUAGCAAUAACUUCAGGGCAGAAGCUGGCUGUCUCCCUACUUAAAACUUGCUUUCUCUGCUGAGGCCUUACCUCUCCCUACCUCCCAACUUCCCUCUUAGACAUGAGUUAAUAAUAUCCUGAUGGUUGGUCUGUAACCUCAGUAAGAAUUAGAACUGAUGUCAUUUACUCAUUUUGGAGAAAGAACUUGCCUUGAAGUCUUCUAACCUCUUUUGGUGGUUUCCAUUUACGAAAAAAAGGUGGCAAACACCUCCCCCCACUUUUUUUGUAUCUUCUUUAUUCCUACACCAAGUAAAAGUUGGGAAUUCUAAGAUCCCAUUUCAGUUACUAUCUAACCUAGGUAGAAAACUUGACUUUUAUCCUUGAAUAUUCUCUCCUGCUCCUCAUAGGUCCUUGGUCUUAAUUAUCAUGGAAACAUCUAAUUCUUCCAUUAUUCCAUGGCUUUUGCUGUGACUGUUCUGAGGUUUCAGUUGAGACUUGUUUUAAAAGACAUGGACAGCUGAGUGGUUCAUAAUACAUUGGAAUAGCUGGAUCCAAACUAGUAAGAAUAAGCUGUACAGGAAUUAGUGCUCAAUAUAAAAUGUAUAAAUUUGUUGAAAUCUUUUGGAUGUGAAUGUGUUAUUUCAAGUGGCUUAUGUUAAGAUUUUCUCAGACUUACUUGGGUGUUAAGAGCAAACCCAAAUGUGUAUUUUUUGUUACAGAGCUCUGCUUUAUAACUUUGUAAUAAAGUUUCAGUAUAGA